AUGCAUCAUCUCAUUGCAAAUGGUGGAACUGAUGUACUUCCCUUCAAACGGGCCUACAUCGAGUUCCCGGGAUGGGUUCCCACCUCAUCAGAGACCCAGAUCCAAACUGCACGGGCACUCUUCGACACUAUUGGUACACAGAGUAUCUCCGAAGCUCGCAGGGUACCAUCCGAGAGUAUUAUUCAUGCGAAUGCCCGUGUAAUAUCCUCCUCGAAGGACAGCACAUUCUCAUAUGGACCAGUGGUUGAUGGAACAUAUGUGCCGGCUACUCCAGGUCAAGCGUUUCUUGACCGCAACUUCAACUCCAACGUCACAAUCCUUGCAUCUCACGCUAGUAACGAGGGAUUGACAUUUAUAGCACCAUAUGUGACCACUGAUGAGUUGUUUACCUCUUACCUCCAGGGUCUCUUUCCCUUGGUGGAUUCUUGCGAUAUAGAUUAUAUCCUUAACACAUCAUACUCGCUCGAUCGAUUCAACAACUCAUGGUACGACCGCGCAAUCAGCUUCAUUGGCGACUUUGGUCUGCUGUGUAAUGUUGAACACCUCUCGGAAGCCUACAGCAACCAAACUUAUCGCUACCAAUGGAGUGUUUUCCCAGCAAUCCAUGGUGGGGAUUUCCUGCAUCGGUUUUAUAAUGGAGCGGGCAGGGACCAGGUUGAUGGGUCUAUUAUCGUUCCUUACGCAGACAUCCUGCAGGGCUACAUUGCAAACUUUGUGAAAUCCGGCAAUCCGAACGGGGAAGGGCUCCCGGAGUUCCCUAUCACUGGCCCAGAAAGAAAGAUUCUGGGCAUUCAAGACGGGGGAAUCGAUAUCCAGAAGGGUCCUACCAAUAGUGAUAGAUGCCAGUGGCUCCAAACAGCAGACUUGUGGGCGUAA